AUCGCCGGGGCAGGGCUGCAGUAGCACCCCAUGGUUGGUGUUCAACGAGGUUCCUCAAUCCCGUGGUGUGGCUCGUUUGGCUAUUUAGUCUCCCCCAGAGCUGAAUCCAUAUUCUCGAGCUAGGUUCCUUCAACAGCUUUUCUCACAAUUUCUACUCGUUCUCGACCCCAGAGCUCCUGCUUCUUUGGUAAUCGCCGUCUGCCACCAUGCAGAUCUUCGUUAAAACUCUCACCGGCAAAACCAUCACCCUUGAGGUGGAGAGCAGUGAUACCAUUGACAACGUUAAGGCCAAGAUCCAGGACAAGGAGGGUAUCCCUCCUGACCAGCAGCGUCUGAUUUUCGCUGGCAAGCAACUGGAGGAUGGCCGUACUCUUGCUGACUACAACAUCCAGAAGGAGUCUACCCUCCAUCUGGUUUCCGACUUCGCGGUGGCAUGCAGAUCUUCGUGAAGACUCUUACUGGCAAGACAAUCACCCUGGAGGUCGAGAGCAGCGACACCAUCGAUAACGUCAAGGCGAAGAUUCAGGACAAGGAGGGUAUCCUCCUGACCAGCAGCGUCUUAUUUUCGCCGGCAAGCAACUGGAGGACGGUCGCACGCUCGCUGAUUACAACAUCCAGAAGGAGUCGACGCUCCAUCUGGUGCUUCGUCUUCGCGGUGGCAUGCAGAUUUUCGUCAAGACUUUGACGGGAAAGACCAUCACCCUGGAGGUUGAGAGCAGCGACACCAUCGACAACGUGAAGGCCAAGAUCCAGGAUAAGGAGGUAUCCCCCUGACCAGCAGCGGCUCAUUUUCGCGGCAAGCAGCUCGAGGAUGGCCGUACUCUAGCGGACUACAACAUUCAGAAGGAGUCGACCCUCCAUCUGGUGCUGCGCCUCCGUGGUGGAAUGCAGAUUUUGUGAAGACCCUCACUGGCAAGACCAUCACGCUUGAGGUGGAGAGCAGCGACACCAUUGACAAUGUCAAGGCUAAGAUCCAGGAUAAGGAGGGUAUCCUCCUGACCAGCAGCGUCUGAUCUUCGCAGGGAAGCAGCUCGAGGAUGGCCGUACCUUGGCGGAUUACAACAUUCAGAAGGAGUCUACGCUUCAUCUGGUUCUCCGCCUCCGUGGUGGUCAGUGAGUGACACCAGCUUAAGCUGGUUGCAGACAUGAGCUGUGGUGGUUCCUAAUGGUUGUAUAACUUCUGUGUUUACUGUAUACAAUCGUGGAUUAAUUUUGAGUUGGCCAUCACAGCUGAAAUUGUCUUGCAUUGGUGCGAAGCCAGUUGAUAACUAACCAGUCUCGGGCAGAUAUGGUUGCAUCUCUGUAAGCAAACGAUAAUGCUAAACUUUUCCCC